GUCAUAUGACCGCGCUGUCCUACAUCCACAACUUCUGGAAACCCGGAAACUGUUGUCAACAGUGUCCGUUGGGAUAUGCAUCGAACUUUAUAAAUAACAAUCUGAAGUGACAUGACGAAGACCGGAAUUUGAGUAAGGCCAAUUGUUUAAAUGUUUAGCAUCGAAGCUCUGUGGCGGUGCUGAGAUAGAUGAUGGCAUUGCCAUUACCAGCAGCUGUUCUCUUACAUUUAGUCCUGCUCACAGGAAUAGCCACACUCUCCAAUGGUAGCAACGAGUGCAUGGCCCGUGACUUUGGCCAUGGCUCCGUGGUUUGUGAGUGUAACUCCACACACUGUGACAGUGUUGGGACAGACAGCUUGCCUGGGUUGGGUCAGUUUGCCUCCUACCUGAGCAGUAAGGCGGGCAGCAGGCUGGAGAGGGGUCAGGGGCGGGUCCUCCCAAACAGCUCUGGGACAGCUCUCAGGCUGACUAUCGUUCCCUACCAGAAAUACCAGCGGAUCCGAGGGUUCGGUGGCUCCAUGACGGACGCAGCAGCCAUCAACAUCCUGGCUCUCUCUGCAGGAGGGCAGGAGCAGCUGCUGCGGCAGUACUUCUCCCCCGAGGGUGUAGGCUACAGUGUGGUCCGUGUACCCAUGGCCAGCUGUGACUUCUCUACCCGUCUGUACACCUACGCAGACACGCCAGGAGACUACAGCCUGGAGAACUUCACCCUUGCUGCAGAGGACACCAACAUGAAGAUCCCCCUGCUGCAACGCGCCCAGGCCAUGUCCCCCCGCCCUCUGUCUCUGCUGGCCAGCGCCUGGAGCGCCCCCGCCUGGCUGAAGACCAACGGUGCACUUACAGGGAAAGGCUCUCUGAAGGGCCGGCCUGGGGGGAAGGAGCACAAGACCUGGGCUCAGUAUUACAUCAGGUUUCUGGAGGAGUACGCCAGACACAACCUGACCUUCUGGGCCGUGACCACUGGGAACGAACCCUCUGCUGGACUCAUGACCAACUACAGUUUCCAGGCGAUGGGCUUCACAGCAGAGGAGCAGAGGGACUGGGUUGGCUUGGACCUGGGCCCCGCCCUGCAUGCAUCGCCAUACCCCAAAACACACCUGCUCAUCCUGGACGACAACAGGCUGCUGCUGCCUCACUGGGCCAAAGUGGUGUUGAGUGACGUGCGUGCGGCGCGCUACAUCCACGGUGUGGGUGUCCACUGGUACCUGGACGGCUUGGUGCCAGUGGAGCUCAGCCUGGGCACCACCCACCACCUGUACCCCGAGUACUACCUGUUUGGCACGGAGGCGUGCGCAGGCUGGAGCCCCCUGGACCGGGGCGUGAAGCUGGGCAGCUGGGACAGGGCCGAGCAGUACGCCCACGACAUCAUAGAGGACCUGAACCACGGGGUUGUGGGUUGGACUGACUGGAACCUGGCUCUGGACCCCGGCGGGGGCCCCAACUGGGUCAAGAACUUUGUGGACAGCCCCAUCAUCGUGGACCCCAAACAAGAUGUCUUCUACAAGCAGCCUACCUUCUAUAGCCUGGCCCACUUCAGCAAGUUCCUGUUGGAGGGUUCUCAGAGAGUGGGCAUGUCCUCCAGUCAGGAAACAGCUCUGGAAAGCUCCGCCUUCCUCAGACCCGAUGGUUCAGUGGUGCUCACCAUUCUGAACAGAUCCUCGUCAGAUGUGAAGUUUGAGGUGUGGCAUCCUGCUGUCGGGUUCAUCUCCUCCUCCUCCCCUGCCCACUCUCUGCUCACACUGGCCUGGAACACACAUCCACACUGACACACACCUGGACUCCACACUGAACAGGCCUGCUACUGGAACUGUAUAAUCAAGGUCAUAGUCCAACUAAAUCAGCAUGAACCAACCACCUCGUACGACCUUCUUAACAGGUCCUGCACAUUAGCGCUCAUCAGUAUUUGUGUGACACGACUAAAAUGACAGUGUAGAUCUGAACACUGAGGGAUGUUGGUCCGCACGGGCAAACUUCUCUACCAUCCAACACAACGGUGUGUGUGAUUAAAGAACUACAGCCAAAGAUUGUAAUCAAGUUGACUGCUGUGUUUAUCUGCACUGAUCUCAACCUCUUUGAAGGUUGAAAUAAGCUGUGAUGUUUCUCUCUGGCCUGUGGUGAUGCAAGAAACAUUACAAUGCAACAGAAACGUGCUUUCGAAAUACUAGGGGUGGGGGAUUUUUGUAUUUUUUUAUCUUGGAAAAAUCGUUAAUCGAUUUAUCGAAUCGUGACUCCAAGAAUCAAACCGUGAGGUACCAAAAGAUUCCCACCCCUACGAAAUGCCUUAACUGAUCUUUUCCAUUGCACAUUUCAAAACUUUUGCUUGAAUUCCAGUUUAUGAAUGAUGCACAGUGCAUGAAUGGGACCUCCUGUUUUAAUCCUGAAUAAAUUGUGUUUUGACAA